UUGUAGUUUUCGUAAAACAUCGUUGGCUUCGUCUACAAUUCCUUUUCAGUUUUAGGAGCGCGAUCUCUGCACCAGAGAGAGAUAGAGACACUGAAGAGAAACAAAAUCUAUCUCCCCAUCGCCAUCUCCUAUUCCGGUCGCCGAAAUACGCUAUGUCGUCCGCUCAAGAUCCAUUUUACAUCGUCAAGGAAGAGAUUCAAGAAUCUAUUGAUAAGUUGCAGUCUACUUUUCGUCAAUGGGAAAAUAGUCCUGGUGAUAGUGGUGAGCACGUGCAUCUCACGAAGGAGCUACUUGCCUCUUGCGAGAGCAUUGAGUGGCAGGUGGAUGAAUUGGACAAAGCAAUUGGUGUUGCAAGUAGAGACCCUUCUUGGUAUGGCAUUGAUGAAGUGGAACUUGAAAAACGAAGGAGAUGGACCAGCACCGCUCGUACUCAGGUUGGCAACAUGAAGAAAACUGUCAUAGCUGGACGGGAUCUGAAUGGUUUUGGGUCUACUAGUGCAAGUGGAAUGCGCCGGGAACUAAUGAGGAUGCCUAACAAUAAUCAGACAGACAGAUCCAACCAGUAUGCAGCCCAAGAUGAUGAUUUUAUCCAAUCAGAAUCAGAUAGACAAAUGCUUCUCAUAAAGCAACAAGAUGAGGAGUUGGAUGAGCUUAGUGCAAGUGUGGAGAGAAUUGGAGGCGUUGGGCUUACCAUACACGAUGAACUCCUUGCACAGGAGAAGAUUGUUGAUGAACUGGGUACAGAAAUGGAUAGUACAUCAACUCGUCUGGAUUUUGUUCAGAAAAAAGUGGCUAUGGUCAUGAAGAAGGCUGGUGUCAAGGGUCAGAUAAUGAUGAUAUGUUUUUUGCUAGCUCUGUUCAUCAUCCUAUUUGUUCUCGUCUUCUUUACCUAAGCUAAAGAGCGAAACCAAACCACAAUGUUCAUAGAUAGAGAAGGCAUUUAAUCAUUGAGAAGAGGAAUACAGAAGAAUGGAAUGGUUGAACUGGAUUUGUGGCGUGGAAAUGCUCAACCAAAGAAAGAAUCUGUGUUCAUGAAGAUUUUUAAUUACUUUUAAACUUGACCAGAAUUUCAUAUAAAUUUUGAGUUCAAA